AUGAGCGCCAGUACGCCUAUGUCGUUUCUUGACCUCCCAGGUGAGCUACGCAAUCUCGUGUACGAUCACAUCAUCGAUGAAGUCGAUCCGUCGCAACUUAUUGCGAUAAUCCGGAAUGCUCCUCCCGGGACUGACCAGACCAACCCUCUCGAUCUGCCAGGUCAGCUGCGCAACCUUAUGCAUGCUCUCACCUUUAGAGGAGGCUUUCCGUCACAACCCAUUCCGAUCAACAGCGAUACUCCUCCCCAGACUGACGAAGACAGCCCCUUUGGCGUAGUCCCUCCCAGCAAUCGCAAUGGAACCGCCUUGUUGCGUAUCAGCAAGCAGAUCCAUCGCGAACUGUCCACUCAGAUCCACGAGCGCCGCCGCAUUGCUCUCUGGCUGCACGACUCAGUGACCAGACAACCUCACGCUCUCGCGCACUUCGAAUCCGAACUCGACGGCUUCCUCGCGGAGACGUCCGGUGCGAAGAUUCAACACCUUGACAUCGGCGUUUUCGACCGUCUACCCGAGCUUGCUGUUGAGCUCGCAGCACCGAAGAUGACCAGUCACGAACGCAUCCAACGGCUCAGGGCACACUCGGUCGCAUCGGAGGCCGCGGGAUUCGACCGCUCCAAGGCAGCAGAGAACCGCAAGCGUCUCCUCGACGCCGCGGAACGACUCUCCUCGGUCUUGACCAACGUGCGCAGCAUUACGCUUCACGACCACUACGACCACCUGAUAACGGCGGCGGAAGGGCCAGUGAAUUACGUUGAGCGCAUGGCGAAGUUCUUCCCCAAGUUGACGGAACUUGUUUUGGUAGAACCGGCGCCGACUGGACAGUGUCAGCGUUUUGUGUUUUGUGAGGGCCGGCCACUGUUCGGACCACGGGGUCCUCCUUUGCAACCUCCCGUUGGUAUUGCGAGUCGCAUCCGCUUGAAGGACGCUCUGAAAAAAGGGCUGCUGGAAAGAAAGAUCUUCUUUGAUCCAAAGCUUGAUGAAGAGGAGUAGAUGUCUGUUCCGCGGAUUGUGCAUGCUCAGCGCGGUACGCUUCGGAGUCCUACUUUCUCGUUGUCGUACAGUCGUCCCUAGCAGACUAUCAAGUCGGGUAAGUUUUGCACAUUGUCCUGGUGGCAUGUGCAACUUUGAUGCUCUGAUAGUAAGUUUCAAUCAAAAUGCGAGUCCCAAUUACCUGUUCCCAAUUUUCUCCUUCACAUUCCAUGAUAAUUACGAGAACUUUCCGCCUUAAUAUUGUCAGCCGCGGCGGUCGUGUACCACUAACCAAUGUAGAUUCAAUUCA